AUGGACGAUCUGCUCGAUCUGACGUGGCAGCCGUCGAGUGGUUCCAACAGCUCGACUCAGCCAUCCCAACCUGCCAAACCAGCAUAUAAACCACCCAACUACCACACGCCCCCACUCUCCUCCAGCCCGGCUCCUGCUUCCUCCAAGAGCACCACCGCUGCAACCACUGCGGCUUCAGCUACAGCCAACACCGACGCCUUUUCGUCGCUCUUCGCCUCCUCCUCCUCCUCCUCCUCCUCGUCCACCAAGCAGGAGGCCAAUCUCAGCCUCGCCCAGCGUCAGCAACUCGCGCAGCAACAGGCUCGCAACAAGGCGGACGACGAAAAGCGCAGGAACGAUGCACUCUGGUCCGGUAUCAACUCGUCCACCUGGACCCAGCCCGUCGCCACCUCUCGUCCGUCCAGCGCGGCAAACGCUGCCAAAGCUCCAACUGCCAAGCCCACCACGCAGCCAUCGGAUCCAUGGGACUUUGACUCCUUCACCGCUCCCUCCUCCAAGCCGUCAGUGCCCGCACUAACCACUACACAGCCAACGCCCACCAAAUCGCACUCGACCGCUCCCGCAAACAACGACCCAUUCGACUUUGAUGGCUUCGAAUCCUCCCUCCCAGCCCAGACCGCGGCGCACAUCGACCAGUCCGACGACAUCCUCGGCGCACUCGCCAUGCCCGUAUCCGAACUCAAGCCCUCCAGGCCACACGAUCCUCGCGUCGCGGCGCUCUCCUCGUCUGCCUCGGCAUCGUCGUCGGCAGACAGCUCGAGGGUCCCCUCACCAGCCAGCGGUCGUCGUCCCACCCCCACCUCCACCGCCCGCUCGCGCUCGCGCUCGCCUCCGCCCCACGUCAUCGGCCAGAUCGUCGAAAUGGGCUUCUCGCCUCAGCAGGCACGCCAGGCGCUCGCACGCACCCAAACCGGCCUCGACGUCCAGGCGGCGCUCGAGCUUCUUGUCGGCGCCGACAACAACGACCAAGACGAACAGCUGGCUCGCCAGCUCCAGGCUCGCGAGCGCACCUCGUUCCGCGACUCGGACGACGACGAACCCCGCGCCCCCUCCCCACGUCGGCGUCCGCCACCGCAGUCGGGCACCCAGCGCGACACUGACGAGGCGACGCCAGACUGGCAGCACCAGGCCGACCAGCUGUACGCGCAGGCAUCCGAGAUCGGCUCGUCCGUUCUUACCAAGGCCUCCGCCUUCUGGUCGUCUGCCAAGGCACAGGCGCAAAAGGCGCUCGAGGAACAUAAUCGCGCCGGAGCCGAGCGCAGCACUACGCCGUCCGACGCCGGCAGCGAGCGUCAUCGUGCGCGCAGGUGGGGCAACCCCACCGCCACAGCGCCAAGAAACAAGGAGUGGGAGGGGAAGCCAAAGUGGAUGGUCGAGGCCGAACUCGCACAGUCCAACGACACGGCUCCCACCGCCAGCUCCGACGAGCCGGCACAGCUGGGCGGGGGAUUCAAGGACUCGGACAACGAGGACGAGGCCGCUCCUGCCCCGCCUACUCAACAGCCCCGGCAAGGCAAGGCGCGUCAGGCGGCUGCACCCCCGACCGCCGGCGUGGCUGCGGCUGCGGCGGCCAUGUCGUCGGCUGCCAGUGCCCUCUUUGGCGCCCGACGCGACGAGGCUGCCUCCAUCUCGCGGCAGCACAGUCCGGCGGGCGCAUCGCCGCCGCUCCCCACGCGGCCUGCUGCGGCACCCAAGGCGGCGUAUGCGUCUCCCAACCGUCGCGGGCCCAUGCGCAGUUCCGCUGCAUCGCCUGCGCCCCCGCCCGCGCUCAAGCGCCGUGCGAUUCCGCGCGAGGCGUCGCACACCAUCUCGUCGGCCGCGCGCAACAAGGACGAGGGCAACGACCACUUCCGGCGCGGCGCCUACGCCGAUGCCGAAGCGAGCUAUACGCGCGGCAUUGCUGCGCUCGAAUCCGAUUCGGCCGACUCGGUUCGGCUGGUGCCGUUGCUGAGCAAUCGAGCGAAUGUUCGGUUGAAGAACGGCGAUACGGCGGGGACGAUUCGCGACUGCGACCAGCUGGUGCGCAUUGUGCUUGCGCCGUUCGGCGGGGGCGAGCGCGAUGCGAAUGGGAGGGUGGCCGUGUAUCGACCGAGCCAGGAGGCGGAUCUGCCGGCAGAGUUGGGCGAGGUCAAGCUGCGCGAGACGUUUGGCAAGGCGCUGGUCAGGCGCGCGCAGGCGCUCGAGGCGAGCGAACGCUGGAAACUCGCCGGUGCCGAUUGGGCGGUGCUGCUCGAGUACGAACAGCUCGAGGGCUCGGGCGUGCGCACUGCCACGUCGAACAUCAAAUUCGCUCGACAGGGCAUUCAGCGCUGCUCGCAGAUGCUCAACCCCACUCCUGCCGUUGCUGCGUCCCAACCCAAACCCAAACCCAGACCUGCUGCUCCCCGACGUCCCCCCACUUGCUCGAACGGGGAGGCGAGUGCGGCCUUCGCGCAGCAGCAGCAGAAAGCGGCGGUGGAAGAGACGGAAAAGUUUGCGCUCAAGGAUGCGGUGGAUGCCAAGAUCGACGCGUGGAAGCGCGGCAAGGAGACGAAUCUGCGCGCGCUGCUCUCGUCGCUCGACACGAUCGUGUGGCCAGAGCUGGGGUGGAAACCGAUUGCGCUCCAUCAGGUGCUCGACGCCGCAGGGCUCAAGAAGAACUACACGCGCGCCAUCGCCCGUCUCCACCCGGACAAGAUCAAGGCCGACGCGGCCACCGAGCACAAGAUGAUUGCGGCGGCUGCGUUCCAUGCGCUCAACGAGGCGUGGAAUGCCGCCCAAGCCUAG